GACAUUUUGGACUGCAAAAAUGAGCCAUUUACCGACAUGCAUAUUAGCUGUCACGGUGGUCCUUUUGAUGGGUAGGCUUUUUUAAUUUUUUAAUUUUUUUAUAUUAAAUCUUCAGUUUUCAUGUGCCGUGUUUAUCAAAGAUUUUCAUAAAAUAAAUACAGCAAAAAUUUCAACCUGACCGUUUGUUUUUGUUAUUUUUAUGAUCGUUCCUUGACAGGAGUGGAUUUUAUAAACGGUAUGUAUAAUCAGAACCUCUUUUUAAAUUGCAAAUUCCUUUGGAGAAAAUAUGAAAUUUGUUGGUCGCAGAAGAAGCGCAAAGCCUUUUAGAACAUAGUUAAAAAAUUUGUGUUUUUACAAAUCUGGCUCCUUUGAAUAUUUGCUUGCUUGCUUGUUUGUUUGUUUGUUUGUUUCGGUAUAUUUUAUGCUGGUCGAGGUUACUUGCUAAAAUUUUUAGGUUUAAGUAAAACCUUGUUACAUGCAGUUUUGAAAUGAAUUUUGAAGACUCUUACGAAAGACAGUGAUGGAACAGAUCAGGUCGGCAAUAAUUCGCUUUUAAGUUAUUGAGGUGAAUGUAUAAACGGCAAAUAUGUUGUUAUAACGUAUUAGCUGAUAAGGUCAGAUAGAUAUGGUCAUUGGAUGAGAUGUUUUAUCUUUCUCUCAUGCUAAAGUGAAUUCACUUUAUUUACACGUUAACUAUCUUAGGAGUACGACCAGAUUUUUAACAUUUUUUCUGCUCUUUUACCUCAACAUUUAGGGCAAUAUUCUGCAGUCAGUAAGUAAACCAAGACAUUGUGAUAUUCAGAACAUGUGGAAUGUGGUAUAGGUUACAAACAGAACUUAAUCAUCCUUGCAGAAAAAAAACUAGUAACUUCUCUGCGGUUAUUUUCAUAACUAACAUGUAUGACGUUUAAUCGAAAAUUAAUCGAUCAAGAAAACAGAAAUCGAUAAAUUAUCUUUUUUCGAUGUAGUGGUUAGUUAAGCAAACUUCACUUGUAUUUAAUGAUCAAGUUCGAGUUUUGAAUUUUUCUUUGGUUUAAUAAUUAAGGGUGUUUCAGGACCACUUAGUUAUUUCAAAAUUAAAAUUCUUUGAUGGGCCGAUACACUGACACUCUCUCGCUAGUUAGCUUGAAAUAAGUACUUCAUAUUCCAAAUUGUUUCUAAGAGUCGAGUUCUGUUUUUUCAACAAAAGAGGGUAUUAUCAUGAAUAAGUGUAACAAUAUAGCUUUUUGUUUAUAACUCUAGAUCUACGUGUAUGUAACUCAAAAUAGAGUCGUGAUCCACGUCGUGCACUACAAUUAGCGUGACAUUUUUGCGACGUUUAACAAAAAUUGAAUCGUUUUUUUCUUCUAUCUAAUUUCAGCCAUCCCAGGUCAUAAAAUCAAAAUAGUAGGUUGUUAUGUAGAGAACCCAGCCAAAAGGAAUAUCCCUGUUACACUAUUCAGUGACUCAAGUGCAAAUUCAAAAACAAAGAUUGAUUACAAGAAUUUCAAGGCGUACAUUCUUAAAGCUAUUCAGAGAUGUGCAGCAGCGGCUAAACUAAAGAAAUACGGAUUUUUCGCCAUGAACAACGUAGGUAAGUAUAAGAAGUUACUUUUCCAAUAUGGUAUGAUCAUUAAUUGACUCAGUGUGAUCAGAUCACUGUAAAUCACUUCGGCGGAACUGUACCAUACCGGUCGUCAAUAGUCUGUUAUUACCCUCUACACUGAAUGUGUUAACUUAGUAACCAUGGCCACGACUCUACAAUAUAGAUGAUUAAUUUGAAAGAAGGUGAUUGCAGGUUGCUAACAUGACAUAUACGUAUCAUCAUAAGUGUAUAGAAUGAAAACAGCUAAUGAAGUAGAAGAAUAAAUAAUUAGACGAAUAAGGUUAAGAGGGAUAUUUGCUGUAAUGCAACGAGAAAAGCAAAAAUCACUGAUUUUAAUAAAUGUUGAUCUAUUCAUUAAUUUACUCUCACUUUUCUUUCCCGUUGCUCUUUUGCAGGAGAUUGUGUUUCCGGCAAAGUCUCCGCCACUUAUGCCAGGAGCGGGUCUUCAGCGAAUUGCAAAAAUGCGGCGGGCGCAAAGUGCAACAACAAGGAAGACUGUGUGGGUGGUGAUACUAAGGCUAAUUAUGUUUACAAGGUGGAAAGUAAGUUUGCAAGAAAUCAUAAGGUAUCUAGGUAUUUCUAUUUACCUCCUCUUUUAAUUUUGUUCGGUCGAUGGGCUUCUUAAGUUGAAUCUUGUUCAUCUACAGGGCAAAGUGUAAUAGUUAGGGAUAAAAGAAAUGCAAUGGCCAAUCAUAAUCACGAUUAAAAAAAAAAGCAUCUUGAAGAUAGUGGGAUGGAUAAGUUAAGGAACAUUUAACUAAAGUCCAGUAUGCUCUCGUUUAUAUGGCAAUAGAUGCGUAUGACGCUAGAAUUAGUGUAAUGUAUGAGCAUAGAAUGAAUUAAUUCAACAUACCAAAAUGUAACCAAAUGAAGCCAUAAUUUAUUCAAGGAUUAUCGUAAACUUACUUUCAGUGCUCCCAACCACGCCGACUACAAAACCGACAACAAAGAAGACGACGAAAGCAGGAACAGGUGCAACUGCACAACCUAAGGCUGGAUCCGCCGCCCAACUAAGCGCUUUGAUUUGUAAGUAGAAUCAAGGUCUAGAGGCGAAGCAUUUGAUUAGAUCAUGGGGAAUAUUGGGUGCCACUGAGAUUCUCAAUAGUCCCUCAUUCUACUGCUCCCCUCGAUCACGCGAACCUUUUUCCUUCAACUGCAUUCCUCAAUUUUCAGUAUUGUUAAUUUAGCUAGCUAGAGCUAUAGACUGUAAGAGAAAUAUAUGGAAUUCAAAUGGAGAUAAUGUAAAAGUUAUUACAGACGAUAUGUAUGACGUUACCUUCUCAAUGUUCAGGUCAGAAUUACGUGGUUGCCAUCAAAGCUUCUGCUGCAGGUAGCCCAAGCAAACCAGCUAUCCCCACCCCCUCUAAGAAACCCACUGUGGCGGGAAAAUCUACAGGUCCAACGGUGGCAACACCUACUACAUCUGCAAAGGCAUCAGGUCAAUCAGCCAUUGAGGCCAAAGUAAGUACUUAAAAUUAAUUAUGUUUAGACAUCGGCAAAGAAGGGUUAAUCGACUCAAAAAUCGCGAGAUUAUAGCAAACUUACCAAUGCUGAUUGAACGAACGCGGUUUCGGAACAUUUUUGGCGUGGAUUUAAGGAGCUAAAUAAAAAUAUUUUGAAACCCAUUUUUGCAGGGACGAAAUUUAAACAGAGCUUACAUGGACAAAACUUUGAAAAAAUAGUUUUUUCAGGAAAGAACAGAGUGAAAACGCCGAAGAUGAGAGUGCUGGAAUAGUUAUCAAGGAACGAAACAAGAAUUGUUACUGACAUGGGACGAAAAUUACAUACCACGUUGAAAUUUAAACAUAGGUGAUUGGCAUAACUCUACUCGCCGUAUUUCUCUUUUCAGGUAAAAAACCUUUACCGUGGAUAUACUUGCCUUGUUUGCUUAAGGACGCUAAAUACAAGGUAUUCCGGCCUUACUUGAUACAUACAAGUCAAUGAAAACUACGUUUUCCUGAAGGCUUUUGUUCUUUAUAUUAAUCUUUUUCUUUGUAUUCACAACCAAUUGUCACACUAGUUUUGUUCGUUCACUUUUCAGUUCAUCAACAGUGUAUCUUAUGCUGCAAUUCAGUUGCCAAGGACAACAUUUGCAGAAACUUGUGGCAGGAAUUGGUGCCAGUAACAUCGUCAAAGCAGGUUAGAGUAAAAUUUUACUACAAUAACAUUGAAUCAUUUGAAUGUUCUUUUUUUAAUACAAAUAACCUACUAUUUUUGUUCAACUAUUUGUUUUUCAGAAUGCUACCCACCGCCCUGCACUACGGCAAUGUCCCCUUGCCCUCUUCCCUGUGGAAUGAACUCAUGCCCCAUGUCACCAGCCUCAUCGUAUCCAUCAAUUUGUCCAGCGACUUUACCAGCACCUGCUCCACUUCCAGCACCCCCACUAGCCCCUCCACAGUGCCCGGCACCUUGCCCGACAAUGUGCGCUCCAGCAUGCAAUUCCCUCUGCUGCCGGUCCAUGGUUCGACAAAAAAGCAUAACAGGAGAAGCUGCCAAGAAAUCGUCGACGAAGGAAGCUGACGAUUUUGAUGACGAAGAUGACGACGCAAAGGACGAUGAACAAGAUGAAGAUGAUGUUGUCGAAGAAAAUGAUGACUCUGACAUUGAUGAGACUAACUAAGACAUAAUCCAUUUCUUAAAUGCUGCGUUCUAUUGUUUUAUAUCAUUAUUGAUAAUACAACUAUCCUCGUGCAGAUACGCAAUGAAGGAUUUAUGUGUCUUUAAGAACCGUGGAGUAAAUUCCUUGAAAGAACGAAAUGAAAUCAAAGUAACUAAAGAAAAGUGCCCUCCAGCCAAGGAAUGGAGGUUUAUUUGUAAAGAUUGGAAGAGACGUCUUAUCUCAUUCUGAAAAUCUGAUUUAUUUCCCAAUGCUCCUAUUUUGAAUGCCAGGCGUCAAGUCACCUUCAAUACCAGCUUAAAAUUAAGUGUAACUAUAAACUAACCUUUCUUGAAUAAUACGAUGCAUCGAGUUAUCUAGUUGUUAUGUCUAAGGAUAUUGAUUCAAAAGGCGGUGUUUUCCAAAUCACAAGGAGAUAAUGAAUAAAUAAGUGUAAGAUAUUAACUAACUUUGAUGGAAAUUAGGUAUAAGGAAGGAAAG